AUGGAGUGGAGAAAAUAUUAUAUGGAUUUAAUGUUUGUGCCAUUUGGGUUAGUAACCAUCCUAACAUAUCAUGCGUGGUUGUGGCAUAAGACUCGGACUCAGCCCUUCACCACUGUCUUUGGACGAGAUGCUGACGGUCGCCGAUUAUGGGUACCUGCCAUGAUGAAGGAUAUUGACAAGAAGAACAUCGUAGCAGUCCAAUCUCUUAGAAACGUGAUCAUGGGGUCAACCCUUAUGGCCACAACAUCCAUUCUACUCUGUGCUGGCGUAGGUGCAAUAGUAAGCAGUAGUUAUAGUGUUAAAAAACCAAUUAACGACGCUGUUUUUGGAGAACAUGGAGAAUUUGUGGUGGCACUCAAAUAUACCACCCUCCUUACCUUAUUAUCAUUCUCAUUUCUAUGUCACACUCUUUCAGUUAGGUUUCUGAAUCAAGUGAAUAUCCUCAUUUGCACUCCACAAGAUGCAAAGUCCAUGGUGACCCCAGAAUAUUUAACUGGGCUUUUAGAGAAGGCUACAAUAUUGAACAUAGUGGGGAAUAGGCUUUUCUUUUCAGCACUUUCCCUUCAACUCUGGAUCUUUGGGCCUUUGCUGCCUUUCUUAUCUUCGAUUGCAAUGGUAAUUUUACUAUACAACCUUGACUUUGUGACUGGGAACUGUACCAAUGAUGUGGACGAUUUUAUCCAAAAUGGUAUUUGUGAGUGA